AUGGACCACGAGCUCAUGGUGGGUCUCGCAAGGAUUGAAGAGCACCUGCCAGUGGAGGCGCAACGAGUGUUGAACGAAGAGGUUCAGAGGCGUUUGCCUGAGGUUGAGCAGUCCCUUAGACAUACUCUGGGAGAUCUCGUCGGCAAAUGCCAAUCCGCGCAACACGAGCUAGAUGGCAUCAAAUUGCAGAUUGAGGAAACCAUGGUUGGGGCGAGCCGCGUCAUUAUUGACACCGACAUGGCACCGGCAACGGCCGAUCGAGAAGACAAUGCCGACGCUCAGUCGGAGCUUUCUGAAAGGCCCCACCAGGAGGAAGCAGCAGAGCUUGGAUCAGUCUGCAGUGACGGAGGCAUCAAGUCUCCUCUCUACUUCCCUCCCACGCCCCCAGGGUUUUGGGAGAACAUUGAGGUGCUCAGCGCGGAAGCCAAAGCAAGCAAACUGUUCAAAGAACCGUUCAAAGGCGAUGUCCGUGCUGCCAAGCAGCUACCUUGCGAAAGAGCUGAAGGAUUCAAUCUGGAUGAGGUAGACCGCGCCCUCGAAAAUAUCCGUGCCUGCGAAGGCGAAGGAUCGGGUUCCAGAAGCCGCGUCCUCAAAGACGCCAGCAAGAAGACCUCUUGA